AUGGCGCGUAGCAAACUGUUCUACAACGGCCGGAUCUUCACCCAAAGUGACACAGGACAAGAUGGGCCAGUCACUUUUGUGGACAGCAUGCUGGUUCAAGGAACCAAGAUUAUGGCCAUUGGACACCGGGGCAUCGCAGACGGAAUUGAGGAGCUAGAAGCCCAUGACAUGAAGCAGCGCGUCAUUCUUCCCAGCUUCAUCGAUGGGCACAUGCAUCUUCUACUUCUUGGCCAGUCCCUUCGCAAGGUGGACCUCAUCAAGUGCAAUAACCUCGAUGAGAUCAAGGCAACCAUCAAAUCUUUUGCCGUCGCCAACCCCGACGUCGGCUCUAUUUUGUGCAAAGGAUGGAUGCACUUUAUGACUCCAAACGGAGUGACGGCGACCGUGUUAGACGACAUUGACCCACGGCCGAUAUUUAUCGAUGCCAGCUCGUUGCACUCGUGCUGGUGCAAUUCAUCGGCCCUUAAAGUCUUGGGCCUCGCUGACAUGCCUGACCCUACUGGAGGCACAAUCUACCGCGAUGCUCAAGGCAACCCGUCGGGUCUGGUUGAUGAGGGAGCGAUGAUGUCCAUCAUCUGGCCUUUUCAGGCCAAGUCAGCACCAAAGGAAGAACGGAUAGCAGCUAUUCGCGCCGCUAUUCGCGAGUAUAACGUCGCUGGCUAUACUGGACUAGUAGAGAUGGCGAUGGACGAGGAGGCCUGGGAUGCGCUGGUCACUCUUACGGUAGAAGAGCCAGACCUUGCCAUACGCAUCGCAGCAUAUUGGCUGAUCAAACCUACCACCGACAUCGAGGCAAACCGCAGACAGGUUCAACGUGCGGCCGAGCUAAGCAGACAAUUCAACACUGCGACCAGCCCAAACCUUCGACUUGUGGGCGUCAAGCUCAUCUGCGAUGGCAUUAUCGACGCCUGCACUGCCUAUCUAUCGCAGCCGUACUCUCCACUGCCCGCCACAUGCCCUCCUCCCAUCUGGGAGAAGGAGUAUCUCGAGCCUGUCGUUAAAGAAGCCGAUGCCUUGGGAUUACAGAUUGCCCUGCAUGCUAUCGGCGACGCAGCGAUUAAGAUGGCCAUCAAUGCUUUGGAGAAGUAUGGCACCGCGGGACGGCGACACCGCAUCGAACACCUAGAACUCGCGUCACCGAGGGAUGCACAGCGUCUUGGGGAGCUUGGUCUCACAGCUUCCAUCCAGCCUGUUCAUGCCGACCCAUCGAUCCUGCAGGACUGGACGCACCUACUAGGUGAAGACCGCUGCAAGAGGGCUUUUGCAUACCGUGAAUUUGCGGAUGCCGGAGCCCUGAUGGCCAUCGGAAGUGAUAGCCCUACUUCGCCUUGGCUGCCCAUGCAUAAUCUGUAUGUGGCCACUACACGCCAGUCCUCGAGAAAGCCCGGCUACGGGAAGCCAGUGAAUGAACACUUUCGACUAGGCCUGUGUGAGUCUAUCGUCGCAGCGACCGAAGGGGCCGCAAGGAGUGUAUUUGAAGGCCGUACAGGGAGACUGGAAGCUGGAAAGCUGGCAGACUUUGUGGUUGUAGACAUGAGCCUGGACCCUGCUGAGUUACUCCAGGCCAAGGUCAAGGAGACUUGGUUUGAGGGUCGUCUGGUCUGGAGCACAAAGUGA